AUGGGGCGCCCCGCGCCCUGCGCCCUGGUGCUGGUCGCCGUCCUGCUGCUGGCCGGGCCCCGCGCCGGAGCGCCGCGCCCCCGCGUCACCGCCAACUUCGCAAUCGUGGCCAGCAAAGCCAGCCAGUUCACGGGCUACGCCCAGCACGACGCCCAGGAGUUCAUGGCCUUCCUUCUCGACGGCCUGCACGAGGACCUGAACCGCAUCCAGAACAAGCCCUACACGGAGACGGUGGACUCGGACGGGCGGCCCGACGAGGUGGUGGCAGAGGAGGCCUGGCAGCGGCACAAGAUGAGGAACGACUCCUUCAUCGUGGACCUCUUUCAGGGCCAGUACAAGUCCAAGCUGGUGUGCCCGGUGUGCGCCAAGGUAUCCAUCACGUUUGACCCCUUCCUCUACCUGCCGGUGCCCCUGCCCCAGAAGCAGAAGGUGCUGACUGUCUAUUACUUUGCUAAGGAGCCGCACAAGAAACCUGUCAAGUUCCUCGUCAGCAUCAGCAAGGAGAACUCCAGCGCUGCGGAGGUGCUGGACUCGGUGGCCCACAGCAUGCGCGUGAAGCCAGAGAACCUGCGCCUGGCAGAG